UGAUAAUAACACGAAUACAUAUGUUUUCCCAGUUUACCGCGUUUGAAAUAUUUCUCUCUUUUGUUAGGAUUUAAUAUUCUUAAAACGAAUAAUUAAUUGUUUAAAUUUACGCGGGAUUUGUAUAUUGGUCGUUCGUUACGUCUAAUCUGUUCGUAUAUAUUAUUUAGCUGUAUUAAAUGCAAUAGGGUUUGAACGUUUUGAACAUAUUUACAAUCUAUGUCAUUUGUUUGCCGUCCAGUUAGUUGGUUGAUUUUGUUUUAUCAUGAGAAGAAGUCGGGCACCAUCUCAGCAGUUUCCACUUGUUCCUAAAGAGGAUUUAGAAAAAGGAGUAAAAGUAGUUAGGUCACAGUCUGAUAUUCUUGCACUCAUUAAGUCAUGUGAUAACACAACUACUAUUGCAACAGAUGUAUCUGAAACUUUUGAGCCUCCCAGCUGUGCAAAAGAAAGUCCUGUUGUUCCUCCUUUGCAAGUCCCUCAAAAUGUGCCUAAAAUAAAACUAAAACCUAUAGGUCCAAGAAUAUUAAAAUCUAAUUUACCUGUAUCAGCUCAAAUACCAGAAGUUGAAUGUAAAAAAGAAAUCAAAGAGACUGUUGUUCAAUCAUCAAAUAGUUUGAAUAGUAAAAAAUAUAAUGUCACUUGGGGCAAGCAGACGAAAAAAAAGCAUAAAACAUGGGAAGGUGAUGGGUACCUCACUGUACAUGAAAAAUUAGCAACCCUUUAUGAUUUAGAAGGUCAUAAGCUGGGUUGUACCACUGAUUUAAAACCUUUGGAUUUAGAAGAUGGCUCAAUUAUUGUUGUUGGUAGUAAACAAGUUCAGAUAUUAGAUUUAGUUAUUGAAUCUGAUAUUGCACAGAGUGAAAAAUUAUCUGUUGUAUCAAGGCCUUUACCUCCUCGUAAACGACCUAAGAUAUCAGUAGACAUGAGUUCACCAGAAGCACUAUUCAUGCCUGAACCUGAUAUUGAUCAUCAAUCUUUCUUCAACAAAAAACACCAAGAAAUUACUCCAGUUGUUCUUGAAUCUUUCUUAGCAAAACACCUUAGACCUCACCAGAAAACAGGAAUUACAUUUUUAUAUGAAUGUGUUUCUGGCUUUAAAUCAGAAGAUUAUUUUGGUGCUAUUUUAGCCGAUGAGAUGGGUCUUGGCAAAACAUUUCAAACUAUUUGUUUAGUUUGGAUGUUACUAAAACGAGGACCAUAUGGAGGAAUACCAUUGGCUAAAAGGGUAUUGAUAAUCACACCUAGCAGCCUAGUAGGAAAUUGGGAAAAUGAAUUUACUAGAUGGUUGGGAAAGGAUAGAUUAAGAUUAUUUGCUGUUGAUCAAAAAAAUAAACCUUCAGAGUUUGCUAGAUUACCUACUCGGAACUAUCCUGUUAUGAUUACCUCUUAUGAAAUGUUGGUGCGUUGUAUUGAAGAAAUUGAAAAUAUUAAUUUUGAUUUAAUGAUUUGUGAUGAGGGCCAUCGGUUAAAAAAUAAUAAUACGAAUACAUCAAUAGCAUUAAAUCAGGUAAAAUGUAAACGAAGGGUUUUGUUGACCGGUACACCAAUUCAGAAUGAGCUCGCAGAAUUUUUUUCACUAAUAGACUUUGUUAAUCCUGGAAUAUUGGGCACUUAUGCAAUGUUUAAACGUGAAUUUGAGGAUAUAAUUGUAGAAUCUCAACAACCAGAUUGUCAUCCACAAAUUAUUGCUCAAGGCAAAAAAAAAGCUACGGAACUUAAUGAAGUAACUGAAAAAUUCAUUUUAAGAAGAACUCAAAAUGUUAAUAACAAAUAUUUACCUUCAAAAAACGAGUAUAUAGUAUUUUGUGCAAUGACCCCGGUUCAAAUCUCCUUAUAUGAAGAAACUGUUUCAUAUUGGGAAAAUCGUGUUCAAGAAUUUGGUUUGAGUAUUAUUUCACAUUUUGGUGUCAUUACUACAUUGAAAAAAAUUUGCAAUCAUCCUGAUUUAGUACUGAACAAAAAAAAUAUCUCCGAUUCUACCGAAGAGACACUAACUCAACAUUUGAAUCGUACUGCUGUUUCAAAACAUUUGUUUAUAGAGAGUUCAGGAAAACUUAUAGUCGUCGAGAACUUACUAAAAGAAUUGCAUAAAAAUAGUUCAGAAAAAACAGUUUUAAUAUCAUACUAUACUCAGACAUUAGAUGUAUUUGUAAAGCUAUGUAAUAUAAAGAAUUACAAAUAUUUGAGACUUGAUGGAACUACUGCUACCGCCCUGCGAACUGAUAUAGUUAAAAAAUUCAAUACUUCACAAUCUGAAUAUAGUGUUCUUUUAUUAAGUGCCAAAGCUGGUGGUGUGGGCUUGAAUCUUGUUGGUGCAUCUAAUUUAAUUUUGUAUGAUUCUGAUUGGAAUCCAGCAUCUGACCAACAAGCUAUGGCGAGGAUUUGGAGAGAUGGUCAGAAAAAAAGUGUUCAUAUAUAUAGGUUACUUACAAGUGGUACAAUUGAAGAAAAAAUAUUUCAAAGACAAAUUAGUAAAACUGGUCUGAGCGAAGCAAUCACAAAUCCUGAUAAUCAAAAUAACACAAAAUUAUCAUUUGAUCAAUUAAAAGAUUUAUUCAAUUUCAAAAGAGAUGCACUAUGUUUGACUCAUGAUUUAUUGGAAUGUGACUGUGGUGGUAAUGGGCUAGUUCUUAAUAAUAAUAGUAAUCAUGAAUGCAAUGAUGAAAAAUCUGAAGCACCAUUAAGAGUGAAUGAACUAAUGAAAUGGGAGCAUUAUUCAUCUCCCUUUAAGAAAGAUCUUUUAGAUGAGAUGAACCUGUUUGGAGUUUCAAAAACCAUUAAAUUCUUGUUUAAAAAUAAAACAAAUUAAAUUUAAUCUAAUGAAUAUUAAAAUAUUAUGUACACACAUACUCUGGUUUUGUUUUGAAAGCUUCUUUCGUGUUUUGUAUUUAAAACAUAAUCAAUUUA